AUGAUUGCUGUUGUGCUCUUCCUCAAUGUCCUCUGUCCCGAAGUCCGCCGGUCUGCGUUCAGAAGAUCGGUGGCAGAAGUAAGGACUAAUGGUGAUAUUUCCCGCCGCGUGGCUCGAGGGGAGAUCAUGAUGCACAGAGUCAAGACCGGUCCGAAAUGGUGGGGGCAAGAGGUCUAUCAUGGUAUUCUUCUCACUCUGGAGAUGCUCCGUCAGCCUGGUUUCUUGAUCCUCGCCCUCUACUCUGCGUGGAUCUACGCACAGGUGGUAUUAACCAUUGUGCUACUGGGAUCGUUGACGUCCAAAUUUUAUAAACUUCGAUCUCCAAACGUGGGUCUGCUUGUUGGCAGCGUUGCUCUUGGAGCCAUCUUGGCCAUUCCGUUUCAGAAAGCCAGCUUCUUUUCGCGAUCCCGCCAAGCGCAGCUAAACACCAACAAGGCAACUAUGGACAAGAAGGUUGCGUGGUCGUCACAUCUCGUUCGACGCACAAUUUUUACCAUAUUACUGCCUUUGGCGGGAGUAUGUUACGCUGCCGUAUCUUCUGGACCUCCGAUGCACGUCGGAGUGCCAACCGUCUUUGCAUUUUGCAUAGGACUCCUAUCAUGCUUGGCAAUUGCAGAGUGCAAUGGUUUAGUGAUGGAAUGUUUCGAUACUUCUGAUCUUUCACCUGGAAUGACGGGACGCCAACGCAGCAAAUCAGGAAAGUCUGAGAAGCGCACCAAUUUCUCAUCGUUCCCAAGGGUCACUGCUGGUUUUGCAGCUAUUCAUACACUAGCAUUCAUUUUUGCAGCGGGUGCUACCGCCCUUGGUGGGUUGGUUACCAGAACCCUGGGUCAACAAGUAGCUACUGGAGUAGUAGCAGGCAUUCUUUUCAUUCUCACCAUCAUGCUAUUGUUAAUCUUGGCUCGAUUUACAGAGGUGCUCAUUGUACCGAGUUCUAAGAUGGAAGAGAUGGAUCGGUUGAUUGAGGCUCGUCGAAGAUCGACCAUUCGACGUGCUUCUAUGCCCAAUGAUCAAAAAGCGGCAGUUGAGGAGGAGAAAGCAUGGCGGCCUGCUAUGCUCGGAAAUCCAAUUGGCAAAAAGAGAAGGGUGAAUGUCUUUGAGCUCGGCAGCAAGUCACGAUGGCAAGAGAUCCGAAAGAAGAACAAGUUGGUUGAUGAGAAUGCCCAUCUGAAUCAAGCAGCGUGGAACCAAGGGCUGGAGGCGUUGGACGACAAAUUAAGCGAUAUCCAGAGCGACGUAGAAGACUUUUUCGGGCUGGGAAGUGUAAAGAAGAGGGGCUCAAGACGGUUACGUCGAUCAGACGAAACCAGUGAGUCAGCUCAGGAUAUUGAAAUGGUAAACAUGGGGAAUCAGGCAUCAGGAUCCAGACCAUCUCUAAAGCGCUUCGUGGAGCGAGAAUGCGUCAUGAGUCAAACGGUGGCGGAGGAAACUGAAGGCCAGGAUGAUCAUCGAAGGAGCCGCUGA